AGGGCGGCGUGCACGCGCAGACAGAGGAACUCGCCCGGCCGUCCAGUUGGCAAACUGACGAAGUUGUCUUCGGAAACUUGAAGACUCAAUAACAAAACCAAAAAUGACUUCGACCAACAUGUUCCAAGGGAUGGACACCAGUGCCAAACCGAGUUCAAGGGUUUUGAGGCCACCCGGAGGUGGCUCCAGCAACCUUUUUGGUGGCUACGAAGAAGAUGCUGCAGCAUCGAGGAGACCCAAUAAGAUGGCCUCUAAAGUCUUUGCUCCGCCGGAGGUGGCCCAGACUACCCAGAGGCGUUCCAACCCUCCAGGUGGGAAGACAAGUGGAAUAUUUGAUGCACCCGACUCCUCAGCUCAGUCACAAAGAAGCGUCCCACCCGGAGGACCGACCAACAGCAUAUUUGCUCCCGCCGACAAUGUGCCUGUGCAAAGUCCGAGCCGAACCCAUCCAAAUAAGCCAAAGGACAAUCUGAGUGUGGGACCUGAGCCUGAAUCACCAGCACCCGUAGCCAAGGUAAGCCCACCCGAGGUGAAGGAAGAGGCCUCCCCUGCACCUCCUGCAGCCCCCGUGCCAGCCAAAGAAGAGCCAGCCGCCGUCUCGGCCCCACCAGAGCCAGAACCCAAACCCGCGGCUCCGUCACUCCCUGACGAAGCAAUGCUGAAGAACCACGAGCCUCACCUGGGCCCCAAGCCUCGCUCUCACAAUCGGGUCCUCAACCCCCCCGGAGGAAGGUCCAGUGUGAAAUUCUACUGAUCAGCUCAGCACGCCACUCCUCCCAGUCUGUGUCCAUCCACUCGAUGUCCGCCGCCGUGUUAAUCUUCUCUCAUUCCUGCACCCCUCUCCUGACAGCUGUGUCUCCCUGCAUCCAAACCCAGACCGCUCUCCGGUCUGAUAUCUCAACCUUCUUGCACUUUCAGCUCUUUAUCUCGUUUAUUUUCAUCUUUCAAUGAAGCCUGCAAUCACCAAUCAGCCGUUCAAUCACUUUAGCUGUAACACAGUACAAUCUCAGUUUUACGGUUUGUUUGUAUUUUAUAGCAAGUUUGAUUCUCUACGUAUUUGAAAAAAAAAUUUCUUUUGCAUUUCGAAAAUGACUGCGUUGUUGGCGUUUGUACAUUUUCAGCUGUAAACUAACCGACAUUGCAAUCAGCUGUCACGUCAUGGAAGGCAAAUCAAUGGAAAACAGUUUCUCAAAUGCCAGGGAAUCUUGAUUUCGCACCUGAACGUGGAGGCAUUCAGCGCCGAGGGGUGAACAGUGUAAAAUGCUUGAGGGACUUCCACUAGUGCUCUUCAUGCGAAUGUGUCGUGCAGGUCCUUUUCUGCUUUGUCCUCAUUGCUUGCUUCUUUUCUGAUACCAUGCCUUUGAUUUUGCUUGGGGUAGGCCUCUGUUUAUGUUUUAAAUUAAAACGGUUGAAGACACGUGCACACGGCCUACCUGAGUCUAGGUGGGCUCAAAAAUAAUAAUAACCUUCUCAUUCAUGUUCUGACGCACAUCCAUGGCACCCCGGUGCCGGCCUGUCCCCUGUGUGUUGAUGUGCCUGGCAGGCAAUGAGUGCAGCAGAAGAAGAUCCUGUGUAUUGCAAUAAAACUGUUGUUUUGCAUUUAAA